AAGAAGACGACGACGGCGGCAGCGACCAUGAUGGCUUCGUGGUCCAUGGAGGCAGUGAUGCUGCCGGCGAGCAUGGUACUGGUGCAGACGUUCACCAUGGGCGCCCUCCUCCUCUCCAAGCUCGCGCUCAACAUUGGCAUCGAGCCCUUCGUCCUCCUCGCCUACCGCAACCUCAUCGGCGCCAUCAUCGUCGCGCCCUUCGCCUUCUACUUCGACAGGUCGAUGGUGAGCAAGGUGAGGGUCAAGGUGUUGGGGUGGCUGUCCAUGAGCGCGCUGUUCGGGAUCGUGCUGGCCAUGGGGCUCCACUACUACGGCCUCCGCGCCACCACGGCCGCAUACUCGGUCAACUUCCUCAACCUCAUCCCCGUGGUCACCUUCCUCAUCGCCGCGCUGCUCCGCCUCGAGAAGCUGGCGGCGCGGACGUGGGCAGGGCGGAUGAAGAUGCUGGGCACGGCUAUCUGCGUGGCCGGCACCAUGGUGACGAGCCUCUACCGGGGCCGGCUGCUGCACCCGUGGCCGACGCACCUGCUCCGGCACCACGCCGCCGCCGGCGUCCCCGCGCACCGCAACAUGGCCCUGGGCACCGCCUACCUCUGCGGCAGCUGCCUGGCCUACGCGCUGUGGUUCAUCGUCCAGGCCCGGGUGGCCAGGGAGUUCCCCUGCAAGUACCUCUCCACCAUGCUCGCCUGCGUCUCCGGCACCGCGCAGGCGCUGCUCAUCGGCGCCGCCGCCAGCCGCGGCCGGGCCGCGGCGUGGCGCCUGGGCUGGGACCUGCAGCUCGUCGCCGUCGUCUACUCGGGGGUGUUCAACACGGGCGCCACCUUCUGCCUCAUCUCCUGGGCCAUCUCGCGGCGAGGGCCCAUCUACCCGUCCAUGUUCAACUCGCUGUCGCUGGUGGCCACCACGGUGCUGGACUCGCUGCUGCUCGGCACCGACGUCUCCGUCGGCAGCCUGCUGGGGGCCCUGCUCAUCGUCGUCGGCCUCUACGCCUUCUUGUGGGGAAAAGGCAGGGAGAUACGGCGCCAGAACAAGCAGCAGCAGCAGCAGCAGCAACCCGGCGAGGUCGUCAGUGCUUCUGCUGCUAAUAACAACGGCGACGAACGCGUCUAGUCGAUCGAUCGAUCAGAAGUGAGCAUAUAUGUAUGUACUGAUACUAUCCGUCGAUGAUCCAUGAGUCAGGACCUGAAACGUACGCAAAUAAAAAAACAGACGACAGGCAGACAGACACCGAUCGAGACAGAUAGAAGAGAUGCGACGCAGCUAGCAGAUCAUCGAUCAAAAAAACUGCCACUUGCAGCAUGCAUGGAGAUCAUCAUCAUCAUCGAUGGAACUGACGGACGGAUGGAGAUCAUACUGGUGGACUGGAAGCAAACCCAAAAAAAAAACACACAGAGAGGAAAGGCGAGCUGUUAGCAUGCGGC